GAGCGGGCUGGCCGGCGGCCGCGAGGCGCGGCGGCAGGAUGUGCAUUCGCGGAGGCAGGGCGGGGGGCCGCUCUCCUCCUCCCGCCUGCGGGGCGGCGGGCUGUGCUGUCCGGGGUACGCGCCGGGCUCCGCCGCGCUCGGGGGCGGCCCGGGGCGGGUGCUUCUCCGCAGCGCCGGGCGGCCGGGGACGGCGGCGGGCCCCGGGCGCGCCCCAAACGCGGGCAGGCGCCGGCGCGGCCGAGCAGGGCUGCGAGCGCCCCGCCGUCGGCUCCGGCGGCGGCCCCGGAUCGCCCCCGCGGGCGGCCCCAGCGCGGCCCCCGGCGGCGCCGCCCCGCUCCGCUCCGCCCCGCUCCGCGCCGCCUCCCGCCGCCUCCCGCGCCCCUUUGUGCGGCAGCCCCGCUCGGCGCGCACGCCGCUCCCGCCCGCCCCCGACCCGGCCCGGCCCGGCCCGGCGCGCCGCGGCCCCGCGAGCUCAGCGGCCAUGGAGGCGGCGCUGAUCUUCCUGUGCUCCCUGCUGCUGCCGGCGGCUCUGGCAGACGUGGCCACCCAGGAGAAGGAGAAAGACCCCUUCAACUACGACUACCAGAGCCUGCGGAUCGGGGGGCUGGUGUUCGCCGUGGUGCUCUUCACCGUCGGCAUCCUCCUCAUUCUCAGCCGGAGGUGCAGGUGCAGUUUCAACCAGAAGCCCAGGGCUCCGGGGGACGAAGAGGCUCAGGCCGAGAACUUGAUUGCCUCCAACGGGUUAAUGAGGUUUGCCUCCCAAUUAAUGCGCUCUCCCCGGGGCGCCCGCCCGCAGAGCGAGGGACGGCGCGCGGGCACGAUGGGCGACGAGCACGCGCCCGAGCAGGGCCUGGACCGGUUCACCUACGACUAUGACACCAUCCGCAACGGGGGGCUGAUCUUCGCCGUCGUGGCCUUCGUCAUUGGGCUCCUCAUCAUCCUCAGCCGGCGGUUCCACUGCGGAGGCAAGAGGAAGAGGAGACAAGGGGACGAGGAAGACCUGUAGCCGCAGAGCUCCGGCGGCGGCGCAGAGGGAGAGCUUCACCCGACGCAGCAAAGUCCUCGCCGCCAGCCGCCCCCGCCC